AACCGAAAAUGAAACUGGGCGUCCCCGAGGCGGCCUCAAAGCACCUUUCACGUGUCCGUAAACUUGGGCAAGUUCCUUCAGACCCCGGGGCUACAAGUUCGGGAAACAAGUGGCCGUCCGGGUCAGGGGCAGGGACACAGCAGGACGCAAGUCUAGGUGGCCGGUGAGAGGAAGGUAGAGGAGGCGACGCGGGCGGCUCAGAGUUAACGCGCCCAGCGCGCACGCCUGGGUGGGGGUAAACCACACCCCCCCGCGGCGCGCAGCCGGCUCGCGGGAGGAAAAUCCUAUUGGCAUCCUGGAGGCCGGGAGCCACCCCUGGGCGCGGCCUGCAGGGGGCAGGCGAUCGGCGGGGAGCGGGGCACAGGCCGACAUGUGCGCCGCCCGGAUGCCGCCGCUGGCCCACGUCUUCCGCGGGACUUUCGUCCACGCCACCUGGACCUCCCCCAUGGAGGUGCUGCGGGACCACCUGCUGGGCGUGAGCGACGGCGGCAGAAUAAUGUUUUUAGAAGAAGCAUCUCAGCAAGAUAAACUAGCCGAAGAAUGGGGCUUCAAGUCAUGUGACGUGAGGGAAUUGAGCCACCAUGAGUUCUUCAUACCUGGGCUGGUAGACACACACAUCCAUGCCCCUCAGUACUCCUUUGCUGGGAGUAACGUGGACCUGCCACUUUUGGAAUGGCUGAAGAACUACACGUUUCCUACAGAACAUAAAUUCCAGAGCAUUGAGCUUGCCGAGGAAGUCUACACCAGAGUUGUUAGAAGAACAUUAAAGAAUGGAACAACCACAGCUUGCUACUUUGGAACAAUUCACACUGAUGCAUCCCUGCUCCUUGCAGAGAUUACAGAUAAAUUUGGGCAACGGGCAUUUGUUGGCAAAGUCUGCAUGGAUCUGAAUAACAGUGUUCCAGAAUACAAGGAGACCACUGAGGAAUCGGUCAGGGAGACAAAGAGAUUUGUGUCAGAAAUACUUGGAAAGAAGUAUUCCAGAGUGAAGCCCAUAGUGACGCCACGUUUUUCCCUGUCCUGCUCUGAGACUUUGAUGGGUGAACUUGGCAGCAUCGCUAAGGCCCACGAGUUGCAUAUUCAGAGCCAUAUAAGUGAAACUCCGGAUGAAGUUGAAGCAGUGAAGAGCUUGUUCCCCAGUUAUAAGCACUACACAGAUGUCUAUGAUAAAAACAAUCUUCUCACAGAUAAGACAGUGAUGGCGCAUGGCUGCUACCUCUCUGCAGAAGAGCUGGCCAUAUUCCGUGAACGGGGAGCUUCCAUCUCGCAUUGUCCCAAUUCUAAUUUAUCGCUCAGCAGUGGCUUUCUAAAUGUGCUUGAAGUCCUGAAACAUAACGUGAAGAUAGGGCUGGGAACAGAUGUGGCUGGGGGUUACUCCUAUUCCAUGCUCGAUGCAAUCAGAAGAGCAAUGAUGGUUUCCAAUGUCCUUUUAAUUAAUAAGGUAAAUGAGAAAAGCCUCACCUUCAAAGAAGUCUUCAGACUGGCUACUCUUGGAGGAAGCCAAGUCCUGGGGCUGGCGAAUGAGAUCGGAAACUUUGAAGUAGGCAAAGAAUUUGACGCCCUCCUGAUCAACCCCAAAGCAUCUGACUCUCCCAUUGAUCUGUUCUGUGGGGAUUUUGCUUCUGAUGCUUCUGAUGCUGUUAUCCAGAAGUUCUUCUAUCUAGGAGAUGACCGAAAUAUUGAAGAGGUUUAUGUGGGCGGAAGGCAGGUGGUUCCAUUUUCUAGCUCAGUGUAAGGCCCUUGGGCAUCUAUAAGGUUCUCCUGCGAUGACCUGACUCUGGAGGUCCUUUGGGCCCAGGCAGGGUCAGAAAGUCAAGAACAGUACCUCAUUCUUGGGGUGACAGUUUCUUUCUGUGUCUAAUUACUGUAUUUGCUUGGUAAAUUGUUUGAAGGAAGUAUACUUAUCCUCAGCUCUGGCUAGCAGGUUCAUAAUUUCAUGAAAAUCUUUUGAGCUGUUCAGAUUUACUGUAAGCUCAAGCAAAAGAGAAUGUUAUUACUAGUGGUGGCUUAUUCUGAGAAUGAAGUAAAAUCUUUUUCAUAUAUGGAAAUGUAUAGAGAAAAGAUAUUCCUGUCUUGUUAAGAUAUUUUGAGGUAGUAAGUACGAAAAUUAUGGAACUGAAAGUGGACCCAUGGGUAUAUUUUUAUGAAGGAGCAAAAGUUAGAUGGUGAACAAAUGUUGGAAAAUCACUUCAGAUUGUGUUUAAAAAUUAUAUCCUGACCAUACUAACUUAAAAGACAACUGGCUGAAUUUUAAAACGUGUUUCUAGAUUGACCUUGUGUUAGAAAUUUGCAUUUAGUGGAAGUUAUAUUUCAGAGACAUGUUAUUGUUGUAUUUUGCCUUCUUUCAGGGAUGAAUAUCAAAAAUUGAAAAUCACAUGCUUUUUAAAUAUAGUUCUGUGCUUCAAAAUAUUUGACAGAAGUAGAGUAUUACUUAGGUCUCUUAGGAAUAUUAUUCCCAUAACCACAUGGCAUAAAUUGUUGUAUUUUGUGUACUUUAAAAUCAUCUUAAUUUGUAAUGAUGUGAUGUUAUAAUUGCUUCAUUUUAUUAGAAGAGAAACAGUUUCCCAAACCAUUGCUGUGUAGAUUUGCGUCUUCAUAAAUUGGAGUAAGUCAUUGGGUGUCAAAGAGCUGCUGAUGCUAACAGGGUAAGCUCCUUUACAGUGGUCUGUUCUACCCAACCCUGUGCUGUAGCUGCUGGAAAUUUCAUCCUCAAAUAGUAAUAUACUAGAGCUUUUAAAUGAAGCACAAUUUAUGUUAAAGAAAUAUUACUAAAAAUCUUUAAACUGUAUAUUAUAAGUGUUAUGUUUUUCAGUUGUAUCCAAUUGUCUGUUUAAUUCCUUAAAAUCUUUCUGUACAUUCGGAUUGUAGUAUAAUAAAAGAUAUAUAGCUAUUCCAGUUAAUGUUUAUAUUAACAGGACUUAAUCUGUUCUACACAUCUAGGAAUGUUAAACAAUGUAAUGUUGUGCUCCCUAACUAAUAUAGUAUCCUUUCCCAUAACCUAGAGUUAAAAUCACAUUGUGACCCUAGGAUACAUUCUUAGAAAGUAUUGGUGUCUUACUUAAAUCCUAUGUUUCCUAAUUUAUUCCAAAUACUACAUAUAAACAAACAAGGAAAGAAAAUGGAUUUUUUCAAUAUAGUAUAACAUUCAUUCCUAGGACUUGAGUGUAACUCCUUAAUAUUACCUUAUAGUAGAAAGCUUAUAAAAUAUAGUUAAUCACAUAUUUAUACAACUAAGAACACAAUUCCUUUCCUGUAGGGUAAAUAUUAUUUUCACAUAUUCAUUUUAAUUUAGUAGUAAUUUGCCCAGUUUUUUUUGUGAUAGAACUCUUUCAGAUUUGAUUGUAUAUAUACUACAUCUAGUGAUGGAACACAGUUUUUUUAAAAGAAAACAACACAGUUCAUUUUGUGGGAUACUAAUAACUUCAGUAAAUCCAAUUUCCAAUGUCAGUCUGUAUUUCCAGUGUUUGUAAUUCCUGAGCCACAUCAAAGCAGCUCUACCAAAUUUAGCUCUACUAAAUUUCUCCCCAUUUCCUGUAUAGUGCUGGCAAAUGUUUUAUGCACUAAGUUUUAUCCCCUGUCAAAAGAACUUGGUUGGUUACAUGUUGUCUAACCAAACGAAAAAUCUUAGGAGCUUGGAGGAGAUGUGUAAGAGACUGUGACUGCAAACAGCUGUUUCCAGGCUUCACAGGAUCCUACGCUUUCACCUUCCUUAAAGGUGAACAUUUUGAUAAUGAGCAUCAGUUUUCAUUUAGACUUGGGAUUCACAUGUAGUAAUACAAAUAAAGUGUAGUAUCAGAAGCAAGAAUAAUGACUAUACACAAACAUUGUGUCAUACAUUCACUUUAGCCCUGAUAUUGUCUUAAGAACUGAAUAACUUUUCUAGCAAAAAUGGAAUGUGUUGAAGUAGUUAUAUGCACUUUGAUCUCUCUGCAUCCUUUGUAACUUAAGUGUUUUAUUCCCCAAGUGCAGUGCUCCUGAAUGUUACCUAUGCUUUUUUCAGUAUCAUGGGCAUUAACCAUACAUGGGGCCACAUGUUCUGCCCUUUGAAAUAUUGCCUUUGCCUAAUGUAGGGUAACUUUCUGGAUUGUGGAGAGAUACGCUCCCAAGCCAUUUCUCUUUGGCACUUUAUGUUUGAAUGGUUUGCUCUCUGACAGGAAAGAAUGAAGACUUCUGUCAUCCCUUCUCUAUAUCCUAUAUCAUGGUAUUUGCAAUGGGGUACAUUGUAAAAUGUAAAACUGUAUUUACAUGUAUCAUUUUUUCUGCAUUCACAAAAUAUGUUUGUGACCACAACAAAAAAGAAGUCUGAUCAGUUGAGGUGGAGUUGGUUUUCAGAAAAGAAGGAAGCAUGGCAAAUAAAAGAUCAGGCUGUGAGAAGUUGUCCUAGUUGUCAACCAAGAUAAAGGAGACACUACUUUACUUCCCCAGCUGCUUCUCUAAUUGAAUUGUCCCAUAGGUUUUAGAAUCCAAGAGGGUAUCUUGAAACAAGUUCCCUUUGAACCCUAUUGAAUCUCUUUUCUACUUCAGUCUGCAAGUUUUAGGAAAGGAAAUGGUAAGAAACACACUCCUCUAUGCUUAGCUGAUUCUGAAGUGUGCCCUUGAAUAUCCUUGGCAACUGCUGCUGAGAUCUUAGAGGGGAAACAUAAUGGGUGUGAGAUCUCACAACGUAUUUGAAUUUUCACUCCCCACCACACUCCUCCUGGUUUUUCUUUCUUUCUUUUUUUUUUUUUAACUCUUCUUGUUUUUAAGUUUUUCACCUCAGAACCAGACAUAAUAGAAAACUUCAAAGGCAAGCUGGAAGGCACAUUGUGUCCGUUCUGUCUUGCAGGCUGCAUGGGAGAUACCUAGAACUUGAAGCUUCUGAAGGCCACUGGACAUCUUUUCACUGUUGUCCAUUUUUUAAGUUGGCUGUGCUACUGAAAACAUUCCCAUGUCUAAAAAGAAUGCUCUGAGUUGUUAAAAGGUACACUAAGAAGUGUGUCAUGGCUUGAAGUUAUUUUUAAAUUACAAGGAUUGUUAGGAAUUUUUAAGGUUACUUUUUCUUUAAGAGUUAAAGAAGUGGUCUGCAAUUUUAGAUCCACUAGCUACUUUAAGUAUGACUUUGGACUUCAUACCUUGUACGUCUGUAAAGAUGAUAAGGGAGUGCACAAGUGGAAGCCAAUAAGGAAGUGUCUAGAGACCUGGAAAGGAGGACACAGAUGAAAAGACCCAGAAAACCCUGGUAUUGGCCAACAUGCAUGUUUUCACACCUCCCCUCCCCCCUGGAGUGUGAGAGAGAUGGAGACUUGAUGGGUUGGUUUGUAGAUCUAAUCUAAAUUUAAUGAGAAAAAGUCAAACAGAAAUGAAAUUCAAUUGGUGCAAUUAAAUGUAACUUUCAAGAGGGCUUUAUAGUCCAUGGAGUUCAAGGGACUUGGUAACAGAUGUCAUUCAUUCUUAACUAAUCAAUUGCGUUGCAGUGACUUGCCUGUCCAUUUUCCAUUCAAAAGCCUGUUAGAAAUCUUCCUUAGUGAAAAUCACAUUAUGUUAUUGAUUGCUGCUCUUAAGAAUAUAUAUAUGUAUGUAUGGAUGUGUGUGUAUAUAUAUUCAUAGAGACAUUUAUUUGUAUGAUUUGCUUACUGUUAUUUGCUAAGUGAACUCCUUUAUGCUUUAAGCAAAAUAAAUGAGAUUAUGUGUUUACCUUC